GCCAAAGGCCCCAAGGGCAACUACCCGCAGCAAUUUUUUUUUCUUCCCGUUCCCUCCUUCCCUCCGCUCCACUCCACAGGGCCCCGAACCUUCCAACUUUCUACGGCCCCCCCCCCCCAGUCGCAGUAGAAAUAUUUCUCUCGGCUGGCACAAAACUAUCCAUCCUUCCCACUUCUAACUCUCUCUCCUCUCCAUCAACCCUCAUUUUCCCCAGCGCUUCCAAUCCCCACUCACUCCUUCUCUCUCAAAGAUCAAGUUGUCUUUGAACAGUCGACAAUAUGUCGUCGGAGCAGCCGAAAGUCCUGGGCAUGCCGCCCUUCCUGGCGGACUUCCUGAUGGGUGGUGUCUCCGCCGCCGUCUCGAAGACUGCCGCCGCUCCCAUUGAGCGUGUCAAGCUCCUGAUUCAAAACCAGGAUGAGAUGCUCAAGUCCGGUCGUCUCGACCGAAAGUACAACGGCAUCGUCGACUGCUUCCGACGGACCACUGCCGACGAGGGUGUCCUGUCGCUGUGGCGUGGCAACACUGCCAACGUCAUCCGGUACUUCCCUACUCAGGCUCUGAACUUUGCUUUCCGUGACAAGUUCAAGAAGAUGUUCGGCUUUAAGAAGGAGCGCGAUGGAUACGCUUGGUGGAUGGCUGGCAACCUGGCCUCUGGUGGUGCUGCCGGUGCUACCUCCCUCCUCUUUGUCUACUCGCUCGACUACGCCCGUACCCGUCUCGCCAACGACGCGAAGAACGCCAAGAAGGGCGGUGAGCGCCAGUUCAACGGUCUGGUCGAUGUCUACCGCAAGACUCUCGCCAGUGACGGUGUUCCUGGCCUGUACCGUGGCUUCAUGCCGUCAGUUGUUGGCAUCGUCGUCUACCGUGGUCUGUACUUUGGUUUGUACGACUCCAUCAAGCCUGUCGUCCUGAUCGGCCCCUUGGCGAACAACUUCUUGGCCUCCUUCGCUCUCGGUUGGUGUGUCACCACCGGUGCCGGUAUUGCCUCGUACCCUCUCGACACUAUCCGUCGUCGUAUGAUGAUGACUUCUGGUGAGGCCGUCAAGUACAACGGUACUAUCGAUGCCGCCCGCCAGAUUGUCGCCAAGGAGGGCGUCAAGUCCCUGUUCAAGGGCGCUGGCGCCAACAUUCUCCGUGGUGUCGCCGGUGCUGGUGUGCUUUCGAUCUACGAUCAACUCCAGGUUCUCCUCUUCGGAAAGGCCUUCAAGGGCGGUUCCGGUUAAGAUACCCCUCAACAUCUCUAUAGACGGGGGGAGGCGUGGUGGCGUAAUACAGUGGACAGGCGACUGGACCAAGUCGACUCAAAGGGGCUGAUAAAAAGGGGCGCGAUGGAUGCCCCAGUGGAAAGUUGUGAAAGGACAUCACUCAUUGCCGUGGCGUUCUGGAACAACUUGAUUUUGCGGAACAGGCUGAUGGACGAGGUGGAAGCCUCGCAUACCUUGUCAGUUGGCCAUCCGCUGUAAUUUAGAUCCUAGGCAAUUCCCUUGACUGUAUUCUUUCUACUUGGCAUCCUGCAUCGUCUAUAUGUUUCGAUGCCUGACUCGGGCCCAGGUUCCUUUGGUUGCAUACGACUCAUAGACAUCUGAAUGCAAGUGGUUUCGCAACAGACACCCCUCUCUGAUGAUUUCGAAAUUACGUGCAAGCUUGAAAAUAACGCCUUUUAAAAUUUUUUUUUAUAAUUCUUUUCAUACGCGGUAUAC